AUGGCUGUGGACAUCCUGAGGGAAGAACUGACCUGUUUCAUCUGCUUGAACUAUUUCACCAGCCCAGUGACCACUGAGUGUGGGCACAGCUUUUGUCUGGUGUGUCUCCUGAAGAGCUGGAAGAAACAUAACACUCCUUUAUCUUGUCCUGAGUGCUGGAGGACCUUGGAGGCCCCUCAUUUCCAGCCCAAUGAGCGUUUGGGGAGGCUGGCUGGCAUCGGCAAGCAACUCAGGUCCCAGGUGCUGCAGAGUGAGGGCAAACACAGCUCCUAUGGUAGAAUGCUGGCAGCCACUAAUGUGCCCCCUGAUGAUGAGCAGGGUGCAAACGCUUUCUCGACCCAGUGUCACGGAUUAAACAGAGUGUAUCUCUCGAGUGAGGCUGAGGAACAUCACAAAGAGAAACUCCAGGAAAUCCUAAAUCUUUUGCGUAAAAAGAAAAGGGAAACUCAGGUUAUAUUAACCCACGAGAAGGAGAGAGUCAUGUUGUGUAAGGAAGAGACAAAGACUUGUAAACAGGUCGUUGUGUCAGAAUACAUAAAAAUGCACCAGUUCCUGAAAGAGGAGGAACAGCUACAGCUCCAGCUACUGGAAAAGGAGGAAAGAGAGAACCUGAAGAAACUGAGGGACAGUGAGAUCCAGCUAACCAAGCAAAUAAGAAGCCUAAGCAAAAUGAUUGGACACAUAGAGUCUACAUGUCAGAAUUCGAUUACAGAAUCUUUUGAGAAGAGGGUUUUCAAGAAUGUGAAGGAAGAUUCUUUCUUUUCUCCUCUUGCAGCGGACAUAACUCUGGAUGCAGCCACAGCCAAUGCCUAUCUUGUGCUGUCUGAGGAUCUGAAAAGUGUGAAAUAUGGAGGGAUCCGACAGCAGUUACCUGACAACCCCGAGAGAUUCGACCAGUCUGCAACCGUGUUAGGUGCUCAGAGCUUCACCUGUGGGAGACACUACUGGGAAGUGGACGUGGCAAACAAGACGGAGUGGGAAGUGGGCAUCUGUAAGGACUCCGUGAGCAGAAAGGGGAAUCUCCCAAAGCCACCUGGGGACCUCUUCUCACUUAUAGGCUUGAAAAUCGGAGAUGAUUAUAGUCUUUGGGUUUCAUCACCUUUAAAAGGUCAACAUGUCAGAGAGCCUGUGCGUAAGGUUGGUGUGUUCUUAGACUAUGAGUCUGGACAUAUAGCAUUCUACAAUGUGAUGGAAGAGUCCCUCAUCUAUAGCUUCCCUCCAGACUCUUUCCAAGAGGCUCUCAGGCCUAUCUUUUCUCCUUGCCUUCCAAAUGAAGGCACGAACACAGGCCCUCUUACCAUCUGCUCACUGAAUAGUCAUGUUUGA